CUUCGACUUGGACAUAGUCUGGUGGGGCCUCUUCAGCUUCUCCUCGGUGUAUUAUAUACGUGGGCAUUCAGUUGUCACCGCGACAUCGACGGAGUCGCAUUGUGCGUCACGCUUCCCGUUUGGCCGGCUCUACCGGGAAAACUUACGAUCGGGAAAACUGAUUAUUAUUAUAGUAGUGGUGCUGAUUCGAUUCGCGAGAAUAUUUGUGUCCAGCCAAAACGUGUCUCAAUGAAAAUAGUGGGAGGAAUGUGUCUUAAAACUAAAACUGCAUCAGCCUGAAAUCUAAUUUUGGUCUCAUGUGGUACCACUUUUGUUCAGGAUCGAUCGGUGCACAUCAGAUCCGCCGGAAGUGGAGGAAGAAGGGAGAGUGACCUACGGAGGACGUCCUACAAGUUGCGCGCGCAUCCCUUAGGAAUAUUGUCACACGGCAUACGUACGAUGCAGACCGAAGAAGAGAUUCAGUACGCGCCCAGGAGCCGGCCGGUGAGCUUUUAUGAUAAUUAUAAGGACGUGUCGGUGAUGCCGCCGUGCGUCACUUCCGCCAUGAGUGUGGGCAAUUUGAGCCAGGUUCGUGAUGGCAAUGACACAACUACCGUAUCUCAGAGCAACAACAAUAACAGCAUUAACAGUAGUAACAAUAAUAACAACAACAGGGUCAGUAAUGCCGUUAGUGCGGGCAACGUAUCAAAGAUUCACACUGCCAAAGUGACGGGUGCGGUGUCAACCGGAAACAUCGGGCGUAUUUGCCGUGGCGACAAAGAGAAAGAACUCGGUAGGGCCCCAUCGAUGGCCAACUGCUUAUCAACUACGGUUCCCGUCAAUUUGGCAGCUUCACAGAUAGCCGGUCGACAUACGCCCACGAGAAAUUCUUUGAGGCAUAGCCGGAUGAUCGUGAUGCAUCGAUCGGGCCACCGCCCAGAGAAGAUUUUACCUCCUUUGAUCUACCAUCGACGAUUAGCUCGAUGCCUGGCGGCAUUGCAGACUAUCAUCGGCGUCGCAGUAAUUUCCCUGUCAUUAUGGUUGUUGCUUUGGGCACGACACCUGCCGGUCACGGACAAUCCGUAUUGGAGCGGCAUGCCUCUCUUGAUGUCUGGAAGCUUCGGAAUUUGCCUUCUAUGCUGUUUUAAAAAGGAAUAUCCGGCUUUGACUUCUGGAUUUUGUCUUUCCGCCACGAAGGUAGUCAGUGUAUUUUUGGCAGUUCUAGCCACCAUCGCAUGUGUGAGCGCAUGCAUAUUCUCUGCGAUACACUUGUCACGUCUCAUGGGACUGGAAUGCACUCCGGCGCGAGUAUUAAAUGCCACGUGCGUAUGCAGACCACGCGGCGAACCGUCUGAUUCGCUCGAAGGUGCAGUCAGGUAUAUGGACCUUAAUUGCCCCGAAGUAGAAAGCAUUCUGACGAUCCUCCUCAUCUUUUCUUGUACUUGCAAUGGAUUAGGCGUUUUGGUAGCGGGAUGGUAUAGCUAUCUCCAUUGGAGCACGCGAUACAAGAGACCAAAGUACACGAAGGUCAGGACCAAUACCAUUUCCAUGAAUAAUAAAUUCAACAGUAGACCAAUCUACAAAUUGAACCUAGAGGAACGAUGACAUUCGCAUAUGUUAUAAUAAUUAAAACGCUUCCAUUUUCUUGUGAUCUAUCAAUAUCUUUUGUAUAAUGAUCACUUCCGUAUCAUUGUGAUCAAUUAAUUAUAAAUAUGUAAAAAAAUACGAACCAUUAUAUAUAAAUUUUAUUUUCUAUUAAUUUAACAGUUAAUAAGUAAAAUUAUUCUGAUAAAUAAUAAAUUCAAGAAUUAAACACACUUUAACAUACAAGCAAAAAAGAUGUAAUUUUUGCAAAGUAUGAACAGAAAAAUUUUAAUUGACGAGCUGGAAUUAUCCUAGUAUGACAAUUACAAUUUUAUUUAAAAAGAAGAAUUAAAAGUACAAGUAUACUUAUUAUUAAUAGUUAUAUAAUUUUUUAUAAUAAAGAUAUUAUAAUGAUUAUAUCAUUAAAAUAUGAUAUAUGUACGGACUACAUAAUGGACCAAUAUUUUAUGGCUCGUUAAUUAACGCUCACUUUUGUAUUACGUGGAGGCUCAGUAUUUGUUUAAACAUAAUGUGUGUAUUUAUGUGUGCAUGUGUCUGCUAGUGCGGUUGUCUUUUAAUGUGAAAGAAGUUUGCGGAAAUAAAUAAAGACUUUUAACUUACUUAGAUUAAGAUUUAUAAAUGUGAAUCUAGAAUACCUCAAAGGAUUACUGAAAUAAUGUAAUAUUAAAAAAAACUUUAUCUUUUGUACAUCAUGCUAUAUGUAUUUGAUGAAAUGAUCGAGAAUUGUUGUGAACUGACGAAAAAUAAAUUUGUGGUUAUGAAAAGUAAA